AUGGGCACCGGCAGUUACAGGAGGUCGUCGUGGGCGCUGUCGCGGCUGCUGCUGCUACUGCUGCUGCUGCUCUUGGGCCUCGCGGGCGCCGGCCCGCAAGUAGACGAGGUCGGCCACUACAAGAAGUCGGUGUUCGCCCUCGCGUCGUCGUCGGAGGAGGAUGGCCGGGCUAACACGGUCGAGCAUUUAGCCACAGCCACCUUCCACCGCUGUGCCAAGGAAGCCUGGAGGUUACCAGGCACCUACAUGGUGGUGCUGAUGGAGAAUACCCACCGCCUGCAGACAGAGCGUGCUGCCCACAUCCUGCAAGCCCGAGCUGCCAGCCGGGGCUACCCCGCCGAGAUCCUGCACAUCUUCCACAACCUUUUUCCUGGCUUCCUGGUGAAGAUGAGCGGAGACCUGCUGGAUCUGGCCCUGAGGUUGCCCCGCGUGAGGUGCAUUGAGGAGGAUGCCACUGUCUUUGCCCAGAGCGUCCCGUGGAACCUGCAGCGGAUCAUCCCUGCCUGGAGCCAGGCAGCUGAACCUCGACCUUCCUGUGCAGGCAGCCAGGUAAAGGUGUAUCUCUUAGAUACCAGUAUCCAAAGUGGUCACCGGGAAAUUGAGGGCAGGGUGAGAGUCACUGACUUUGCAAACGUGCCUGAGGAAGACGGGACAAGCGUCCACAGACAGGCGAACAAGUGUGACAGCCACGGCACCCAUGUGGCCGGAGUGGUCAGCGGCCGAGAUGCUGGUGUGGCCAAGGGCGCCAGCCUGCACAGCCUGCGUGUUCUCAACUGCCAAGGGAAGGGCACGGUGAGCGGCACCCUCAGAGGUCUGGAGUUUAUUCAGAAAAGCCAGCUGGCCCAGCCCUCGGGGCGCUUGGUGGUGCUGCUGCCCCUGGCAGGUGGGUACAGCUCAGCCCUCAAUGCCGCCUGCCAGCGUCUGGCGAGGACUGGGGCAGUGCUUGUGGCCGCUGCUGGCAACUUCUGGGAUGACGCCUGCCUCUACUCCCCAGCCUCGGCUCCCGAGGUCAUUACAGUUGGAGCCACAAAUGUCCGGGACCAGCCGGUGACCCUGGGAGUUCUGGGGACCAACUUUGGCCGCUGUGUGGACCUCUUUGCUCCAGGGGAUGACAUCAUAGGUGCCUCCAGCGACUGCAGCACCUGCUUCACAUCCCAGAGCGGGACGUCCCAGGCUGCUGCCCAUGUGGCUGGCAUUGUGACCAGGAUGCUGACUGCUGAGCCAGAGCUCACCCUAGCGGAUCUGAGGCAGAGACUGAUCCUCUUCUCUGCCAAAGGUGUCAUCAAUGAGGCCUGGUUCCCUGAGGACCAGCGGAGGCUGACCCCCAACCUGGUGGUCACUCUGCCCCCCAGCACCCACAGAGCAGGUGGGCAGCUGCUCUGCAGGACUGUGUGGUCGGCGCGCUCAUCUGCUGCCCUGGCCCACUGCUCUGCAGAUGAGGAGCUGCUGGGCUGCUCCAGUUUCUCCAGGAGUGGCCGGUGGCGGGGGAAGUGCAUGAAGUCACAAGGGGGCAAGUGGGUCUGCCUGGCCCAUGGUGCAUUUGGGGGUGAGGAUGUCUUCGCCGUUGCGAGGUGCUGUCCUCCCCAGGCCAGCUGCAGUGUCCACACAGCUCCACCCACGGGGACUGGCACGGAGACACAUGUCCACUGCCUCCAGCAGGGCCACGUCCUCACAGGCUGCAGCUCCCACUGGGAGGUGGAUGACCUUGGCACCCCCAGGCUGCCUGGGCCGAGGCCACAGCCUGACUGAUGUGAGGGUCACCAGGAGGCCAGCAUCCACGCUUCCUGCUGCCAAGCCCCGGGUCUGGAGUGCAAAGUCAGGGAACAUGGGGUCAUGGGCCCCACCCAGAAGCUUGUCCUCAUGGGUCUGUAA